AUGUUUAAUCCAGACAUAUUGGAUGUGCCAGCUGUGAUUUUUGACAACGGAUCUGGACUCUGCAAAAUCGGAAUUUCGGGAGAGAAUGGACCCCGUCACAUCAUCAACUCAGUGGUUGGUCACCCGAAAUUCAACAUACCAUCAGCAAGAUCGAAUCGGAAGAGGUACUUUGUCGGUGAAGAAGCCCAGUGCAAUUAUGACGGCUUAUACUUGCACUACCCCGUUGAACGUGGACUCGUAACAAGAUGGGAUGACAUGGAAAAAUUGUGGAAGGAUCUUUUUGAGUGGGAACUAGGUGUGAAACCCAGUGAGCAGCCAGUUCUGAUGACUGAGCCUUCCUUGAACCCACGGGGGACCAGGGAGAAGACCACAGAAAUCAUGUUUGAGAAAUUCAAUGUGCCAGCCCUGUACCUAUGCAACCAUGCAGUGGCAGCCCUGUGCGCCUCAGCCUGUGUUACCGGCCUGGUAGUGGACAGUGGCGAUGGAGUCACUUGCACUGUCCCCGUCUAUGAAGGCUACACCCUACAUCAUGCUGUCACCAAGCUCUAUGUGGCAGGGAGGGAUAUCACAGAACACCUCACCCGGCUCCUCCUCGCCAUUGGCUACACUUUCCCCUGCAUCCUCAACAAGGCUGUGGUGGAUGACAUUAAGGAGAAACUGUGCGUAGUUGACUGGGAACCUAAUGAAGAGGCAAGCAAAGGGUCUCAGCGAGCUCUGAGGGAAUACACACUUCCAGAUGGGAAUGUCAUCCACAUGAAUGAACACCUAUGCCAGGUGCCAAGAGUUCUCUUUACACCUGACCAGCUGGGCGUCCAUGAACCAGGUCUCUCAAAAAUGGUCUGCAACAGCAUCUUGAAGUGCGACACUGACAUUCAGAAGAACCUCUUUGCUGAGAUCGUGCUGUCCGGAGGUACCACCCUGUUUCCCGGGCUUGAAGAUAGGCUCCUGAAAGAACUCGAAGCUCUGGCUUUCAAUGGCACCCCGAUCAAGAUCACGGCUUCUCCAGACAGGUGCUUCUCACCUUGGGUCGGUGGCUCCAUCAUGACUUCCAUGAGUACCUUUAAGCCGAUGUGGGUCACCUCAGAAGAUUUCAAAGAGUACGGGCCUUUUGUGGUACAGAGAAAAUGCUUUUAA